GCUUCCCGAUCACUCUUAGUCAGUGACGUGAAGGCCACCGAGGAAGGUGCUCCCGAUGCGGAGACACAAUACACAUUGCUGGACUAUUUGCUUCCAUGUCGCGCCAUUCCACGUACCCAACAUUCCCGCCUUCGUGUAACGAUGUUGCUCAUGGUGUUUCAACAACUGACCGGGAUCAAUGCAAUCUUGUAUUUUGCCGAAUCCAUCUGUCUGUUCGCGGGCCUCUCAUGGGCUUCAACAUGUGCCCUGACGCUGGGCAUUUUCCAGGUUAUUUUUACUCUGAUCGCCGCUCCGAUUGUGCAUCGUGUGCCGCGACGGAAGGUUCUUCUGUGGACCGCGGCGAUCAUGUGCAUCGCUCAUGUCGUUCACGGGAUAAUUUUUCUCGCCCACUCCUUNUACCCUCUGGUCCCGACUGCACUUUCGUUGAAUGGUCACGAUGUUGCCUAUUAUCUGUUCUCAUUCCCGGCCUUGGUUUGCUGUGCCACUUUGUAUUGA